AUGCUGGGCGCCCUGCUGCGCUCCCGUCGGCGGGCGGUGGUCCUCGUCCUGCUCGGCAUGCUCGUCGGCUACGCCGCUGUCAUCGCUUGGGUCGACACCACCCACUACAACCGCUGCCACGCCGCCCACCUGGUUGCCCCGCGUCGCACCGACGACCUGGACCCGCGGAGUCUGACAACCUCCGCUUCGACCCAUCUCCCGCCAAAGCCCGUCGUCGACCCGCUGCCGCUUGCCACAGCCGAACCGUGGAGCCCGGUCAUCGGCGCUGCCGCCGCCGCACGCCAGCGUGCGGCUGCAGACGCGCAAUGCGGGGCAAAGGGUCUGCAGGUCGCCGGGAGCGACGUCCUGGGCAUCCUUCCCUCUGUCGUUCACACCUACUGCACUGGCCACGUCGCCGCGUCGGACGCCGCACAGAUCACGCCGCUGGCAAGCAAGCUGGCGCACCUGGUCUCGCCCCUCGGAGAGAUGAUUGUCGCCACAGGCUCAGUCAUCUCGGAUCUCGACGCCACCCUCUUUGCUGCCACCAUUGACUCGCUCCGCUGCGCCGGUGUCAUCGAUACCGCCGCCGUCCUUGUCCUCGGCCCGAUCCGCGACUCGGACAUCACGACGCUCCGCGCCGCCCACCCAGACGCCAACCUCGUGCACUAUCCGGGCGACGACAACGCCCAUCCAGGUGCCGCUCGCUUCGCUGCCCUUGCCGAGCUUCUUCGCGCCGGUAUCUCCGUUUUCCACGUCGGUCCGACUGCCAUGCUCAUCCGCGACCCGCUCGCCAACGGUGGCGUCGUCCGCGAUGCUGACGUCGAGGGCAUCACUGCCGGGUGGGAGACCUCCACCCGCUAUGGCUAUGGGCCAUGGUCUGAUGACCCCACUAUGGGCUGGGGCCGCUUCUGCAUGAACAUGCGCCUCUUCGACCUCUCGCCGCAGCUCAUCUACCUCCGCGCCACCCUCCCCACUCUCUCGCUCCUCGACCGCGUCGCCGCCACCCUCGCCGCCGACGCCUCGGCUGCGCUCACCUCGCCGCCAGACGACAUCGCCAAGCCGACGCCGGUCGCCCCGCUUCCGGGCGCCUCCGACUCGGUCGCCGCCACACUUCAUCUCGAGUCUUACUACUUUAAUGCACUUGCGCUUCCGCGCCACCACGGCGCCUUCCUCUUCCCGCAGCCGAAGAUCCGCAUCUUGGAGCCACCGUCGUUUGUCACUUCGCUCGACUUUUUCACCAUGGCCGACCGCGCAAAGGCAAGCAUCCACCGCCGUGGCAUCGCCCUCGCUCUCCUCCAUCACGAGCCGACCGACGCCAACGCCAAGGUCCCUCUUCGCCUUGCCAGCCUCUCCGCUUACUUUUGCACCAACGUGCCCCAAGCCACCUCGGUCUUUGCGACCUUCCCACGUGAGCAGGUCCCGGCCGGAAUCCACAAGGACCACUCGGCCCGAGCCUUUGUCGACUGGCCCAACGAGCCUGAUCUUGACUGA